AUGUGUCAUAAGCAUUAUAGUAAUUAUAAUAUUAUUGCCUACUUUUCUAAUAAUUUUAAUUAUUAUUUUUAUAUUUUGUUAUUUUUUCUUCUUUUCUUUGUUGAGGUAUUAACUCAACAAUCUUCUUCUUCUACUCCAAAUACCCACACUUUAUUAUCACUAAUUAAUUCAUUAGAAUUUCCUACUCAAAGGGAAAAAUGCCCGUCAAACAUAUGUUUUAAUGGGGGAAUUUGUUUUAUUCAAAUAAAUAAUGAGGGAAUUAAAGAAUUUGAAUGUGAUUGCAAGUUGGUUAAUUUUGAGUUUAAUUUUAGAAUUUAUCAAAAAAUUUUGAAUUGA